UUAUAAUAGUUUGAAUGAAAGUGCUUGUUAGCUAAGUAAAGUUGGAGGAGGAAGUCAAGCUCAAAACUCAAAACUCAAGUGUGAGAGAGAGAGGGAAGAAGAGCAAAAUGCGAUCGUCGUGUAUUCGCAGCUUCACCGUCUUCGCGGUGUUCCUCAUUGCGAUCCUCCCCCACGUUCCGGUACACGCAACAACUCCAACCUCCAAACUUCGCCUCUCUUCUCCCUUUUCAACAGCUCUCGAAACCCUACAGAAACAACUCCGCUACACUUUCAAGAGCGUCGAUCUUCUUCGCCGCGCCAUGACCCACGCUUCCUUCUCCGAGGAGAACAACAAAGCCUUCGCCAUUCUCGGCGCCACCGUCAUCCAAACCUCCGUUUCCUUCCACAUGCUUUCCAAAGACGUUGACGUUUCUCCCAAAGAGCUCAACCGUCGAUUGUCCCAAAUCACCAACGUCGAAUCUUCCUGCGCCGUCGAUGGAAUGCGAUUAGGGUUGCACAAGGUCGUUCGAGUUUCCCCCAAGACCAAUUCCUCCGCCCCCGCCGUCGUUUGCACCGCCUUCCGAGCGAUCUUUGCUGCUAUUGCUAUCGACGCUGGUAAAUCCGAUGACGCAGGUAACGUUUUCUGGUCCCUUCAUGGCGCUGACCUAGGACUUUCCCUGCCUGUUUGAAACUGUCACUUCAGUUUUCAAUUGUCCUGUGUUUCUGUUUGUUGCUCAAGAUACUUCUUAAUUACUGUUAUUAGCUCUGGACCGCUAGUUGUGAAGCAGGGAGUGUUACUGUUAAUAUAGUGUGAUGUACUGAUGCUGCAACUACUUGUUUGUUAGUUGAAUGAAUUAUGAAGCUAUGUAGUUUCUCUGUGUUUUCAUUUCUUUUUUGGCUGUUAAUAAUAUAUGGUUUUCGUGCAUGAA